AAAGUGCUGGCGAGCUGCGACGUGACUACCCGGGCGCGUGGGUUCCCGGGCGAGCAGACGAGGCAGCCGGUGAAGGACGCUACCUGGACCCUGGGCCCUGCGGGACUCCAGCCGCGCCGCCGCGUCACGUUCACGCUCGGCGCCGCGAGCCGCGCAUAACGAUAUUUGGACUUGAACUGCAUUUUGGGAUUUAUCUACACCAAAAAUGCCACCAGCAGUUGGAGGUCCAGUUGGAUACACCCCCCCAGAUGGAGGCUGGGGAUGGGCAGUGGUAGUUGGAGCUUUCAUUUCCAUCGGCUUCUCCUAUGCGUUUCCCAAAUCUAUUACUGUGUUCUUCAAAGAAAUUGAAGGUAUAUUCAAUGCCACCACCAGUGAAGUGUCAUGGAUAUCUUCCAUCAUGUUGGCUGUCAUGUAUGGUGGAGGUCCUAUCAGCAGUAUCCUGGUGAAUAAAUAUGGCAGUCGUCCAAUCAUGAUUGUUGGCGGUUGCUUGUCAGGCUGUGGCUUGAUCGCAGCUUCCUUCUGUAACACUGUGCAGGAACUUUACUUGUGUGUCGGAGUCAUUGGAGGUCUUGGGCUUGCCUUCAACUUGAAUCCAGCUUUAACCAUGAUUGGCAAGUAUUUCUACAAGAGGCGACCAUUGGCAAAUGGACUGGCCAUGGCAGGCAGCCCUGUGUUCCUCUCUACCCUUGCCCCACUCAAUCAGGCUUUCUUUGGUAUCUAUGGCUGGAGAGGAAGCUUCCUAAUUCUUGGGGGCUUACUAUUAAACUGCUGUGUGGCUGGAGCUCUGAUGAGACCAAUAGGGCCCAAGCCAACCACUGCAGGGAAAUAUAAGUCUAAAGAAUCCCUUCAGGAAGCAAAAAAGGGGGCAGGUGAUGCAAAUACAGAUCUCAUUGGAGGAAAUCCGAAAGAAGAGAAAAGAUCAGUCUUCCAAACACUUAAUAAAUUCCUGGACUUAUCCCUGUUCAAGCACAGAGGCUUUUUACUCUACCUGUCUGGAAAUGUGCUCAUGUUUUUUGGACUAUUUACACCUUUGGUCUUUCUUAGUAAUUAUGGCAAGAGUCAGCAUUACUCUAGUGAGAAGUCUGCCUUCCUUCUUUCCAUUCUGGCUUUUGUUGACAUGGUAGCCAGACCUUCUAUGGGACUUGUAGCCAACACAAAGUGGAUAAGACCUCGAGUUCAGUAUUUUUUUGCUGCUUCUAUUAUUGCAAAUGGAGUUUGCCAUCUGGCAGCACCUUUGUCCUCUAGCUAUAUAGGAUUCUGUGUCUAUGCGGGAUUCUUCGGAUUUGCAUUUGGGUGGCUCAGCUCAGUAUUGUUUGAAACGCUGAUGGACCUUGUUGGACCCCAGAGGUUCUCCAGUGCUGUGGGAUUGGUGACCAUUGUGGAAUGCUGUCCUGUCCUGCUGGGGCCACCACUUUUAGGUCGUCUCAAUGACAUAUAUGGAGACUACAAAUACACAUACUGGGCAUGUGGCAUAAUCCUUAUUGUCGCAGGCAUCUAUCUUUUCAUCGGCAUGGGCAUCAAUUACCAACUUCUUGCAAAAGAACAGAAAGCUGAGCAGCAGCAGAAAAAGGAAAGUAAAGAGGAGGAGACCAGUAUAGAUGUUGCUGAGAAGCCAAAAGAAGUUACCGAUGCAGCAGAAUCUCUGGAGCCUAAAAGCAUAGAAGGAGGCCCCAAAGAGGAGGAGAGUCCAGUUUGAACCUGUGGGGCUGAUGGGUAAAUGGAGCAGCUCAUGACCCCAAAUGUUCUUUUGGCCUGUGAUCUACCAGUGGUGCUCAAUGCAAAUACUGGACAUUUCUGUGGGAAUCAUACCAGGGGUUCACUGAUGGAAUUUUUGUUUCACUCCUUACCAGAAGCCUGGGCUAAAAACGUCAUAGCCUUUGGGAAGGAAGUGGUUGAAAAAGAAUGAGAGAAGGAAGUUGGGUUUGUGUGUUUGUUUGUUCGUUUAAAUCUUUGCUUUUAACAGUGUCAUGAUAAUGUGCUGUGAUAGUGUGAUAAUAAUAUGUGCCUUAAGUUUUAGUUUUUAGGGAGCCUUAACUUCUAAAACCAUUCUGCUUAAUUCAUCCAUUUUAAGUGUUCCGUUACAAGGAAAAGUAACUAGUUUGAGGCAAAUCUAAAAUUUAAAAUUAAUCUUGCUUCAUUGUUAUCUGUAAUAAUAGUGUCAGACAUUGCCACUAGAAGAUUUGAAAGUUGGGGUUUUUAUAAAAUCCUGACUAAAAUAUUUUCCUAGCAUCAAUAGUUCCUUGGCAUAUGUGCUUGCUAGAUAUAUAUUUAGGAAAUUUAAGGCAUAAACCUUUGCAAACAUCUUGGCUGUUCUAGAUGCACUGUACUCAUCAGUACACCUCCAGUAUCUUUUCUUGGUUUGCUUAUUAGAAGCCAAGUGCUUGAGAGUUGACUUCAUUAAAUUACUAUUUUUGCUCCCCUUUCCAAAGAUAAAUUUUGAGUGGUCAUAGAUCACCGCCCCUUUUGAGAUCACAUAGUAUUUUUCCCUCCCACUGGAAAAAUUAGUAUUAAAAUACACAAAACUGUGUAUUUGUGCCUCCUCAGUAAAUUAAACAUAAGACAGAUAUUUCAAACAGCAGCUGAAUUCAGCUUAGGUUUUUCCAAAACUUCAGUUAAACUGUGAGACUUGGAAUCUUUUGUUGUUGUUUUUCCUGGAAUUUUCCCCCUUUGAUUCAUAGUGGUUCCAUUUAUAUCCACAUCUAGCUUAGCACUAUGUGUGAGAUAGUCUUUGUGUGUUCAGUUUUUUGGGUUUUUUUUUAAAUGUUUGCUAAUUAAGGGGACCCAUAGAGAUUUGGCCCACACAAACCAAUAAGGAUAAGAUUGGGAGAGAAGUUGCUACGUUUGCUUCAAUAAGUAACUCCUUUUCUUUUUCUUAUAAGGCCUUAAAGAAAAUUAUGUUUUGCUUAGAAUUAUUGGACACCUUCUUGCUCUUUACACAAACCUAAAGAUUUUGUGACCCUUUUCACUUAUCUGAAAAGUAGAGAAAUGGGUUUAGUAUAAGGAUAGGAAGGAGGAUGGACCAGAAUGAAAACUGUAAAUAUUUUUUCACCUAAUAUCUUUUAAAUGGUGGCAGGAGGAUAAUGAUAGACAUUCAAUAAAUUAUAUUCAGUGCAUUUUAAAAUAUCAUUGUAAUUGACAGUGUGAAGGUAUAGAUAUAAAACCUUAAGAGGCUGGCUUUUUAAAAUAAACUUUUUUUUUUUUUUUUUAAGAAAUGUUUCUCCUUCCAUAUGCUUAUUUUCUUGAGGAAAAUAUUGUGUGUUUUCAUUUUUAUUGUCAAGAUUCAAUUUGGCCCUUCCUAAUGUAAAUUAUUCAGCUUAUGUGUGUUGGGAUUUGUGUAUAUGGCUUAUUUUGAUUUUUCUCCUUACCUCUUCUUUAAGGCAAGCAGGAGGGGAAUUUUUUGAAACGACCUCUCUGAAAGCAUUUUGAAACCAGAGCAGUUAAUCCGAAGGAUACAAUGAAAACUCCCUUUCUGUGCCCAAGUAUCAUGGCAGAUGGAGGAGGAAUUUUAGUGGAGAAGCCUACUGUGAUUGUUGGCAGGCUUGGCUCCAGUUUGGACUCUGCCAUUUUCCAUGGACUUAACCUCUGUGUGCCUGUUUCCCCUUCUAUAAAAAUGAGGAUCACCCUUGAGUAAAGUAAUACAAGUAAAAAAUGUGGGGUGGGGGGAGUAAACCCAGUGUAUAAGAUUAUUUUUCCCCAUCCCAGUUGUUAAGCUACAUCCACACAUAAGAUCCUACUUAGUCUUUUUCCGUUAGUUGAAUCUUGUUAGUGAAAUGAGGGGGUUUUGGUGCAGACUGACCAUUUAUUAGAAGGAAGUGUUCUGAAGUUACUGUAUUCUGAAGCAAAGUUUAAAAACUGGCUCAAAGCUGGACUGAGCAAACCUUUUAUCACCCAGUCCAACUCUGACUUUUUCCCAUUGAAGAUUCAAGCUUAAGGGAUUUAUUCAAGAUCAAGUUUGGUAACAGAGCCAACACUAAAACCCGAUAUAGGCCUACUCUGCCAUCUAUUCCUUGUUAACAAUCAGCUAAUCCUCUCUGUGUUGCAGUGUUGUGUUCAACACUGGAUGCAUCUGGGCUCUCUGACUGGGCAGUCUGUUGUCCCUUGCUCCAUAUGAGGAUUGAGUAGACUUCUUAAUUUUAUUUCAGUUGACACAGCUUCAGUGGCUGCUUUGGGAAAAUAGAGUACCUGCCUAUCUUUGUUUGUGUUGUCCCACACUCUCCAAGUCACAGAGAGAACGUACAUCUCUCUAAGUAGUUGUGCCCAAAGAGGCUGGGGACUGUUCAAGAGUAUAUACUCUGAAAUAGCCUCCCAAUUCAAAUCUGGAAAAUUAUUUAAGAAACUGAUAGGUUGGACAGUUGCAGAUGAUCAUGAUAAUAAGACCAUAUUAUCACAUUAUAGUCCUCUCUUGAGAACUGAAAUUAUCUUAAACUAUUCAAAAUAAAUAAUUUCUACAAAAAAUAUUCAGGAAAGGAUGAUGCUAAAACAAAUUAUGGAAAAUUCAGGGAGGUAUUUUUAUCCCCGAUUUAAUCACGUUGAUGAAUAAUCCUUAUUCUUGGGUUGUGUGAAUUUAGUAGUUUGUACCAUAGAUUAUAUAUGUCAAUAUUAAUCCUGUAUUUUAAAAAGGAAAAAAAAAUUGUUAACAGCCAUUUAAUAUAUGAGCCAAUGUUUUAUUAUAUUGAAUUUCAGAUUGAUAAAUUGGGUAUUGGUUUAUAUGAAAAACCUCAAUGUCUGAGUUUUACACCUUCCCUAGCAAAUGGUUCACAGUGUAAUAAACUUAAUUAUCAGGUGUGUGCCCCCUGCCCCCUCCUUAUGGUUGGAAAGAUGAGGCAAGGUUAACAGUAAAUUUCCACCUUUGCAACAGCAUGGCUUGUUUUAAUAAUCGGCUCAGGCACUUGAAGAAAGAGGUUAAUGAUAGACUUCUGUCACUCUGAAAACUUGAUAAGGAAGUGAUGGCCUAAGCUUGCCUGGCUUGCCCAAAUGUGAGACAUUAAGCCAAACCUCCUUAGAUGCUUCUAAUCUGAAGCAUCUAAGAAGGUUUCAAGUACAUCGUUCCUGAAAUGUGUUCUAGCUUUUUAUCCUUUCCCCCAUUUAGUGUGGGCCAUAGUGACAAUCAUUCAAUUGAGAGUGAUUGGCAGAGUAUCUUUCUCCUCAGCUGAACAGCACUGAUUUACUUACUUUUUGCUGACUUUUACCUUGACUUGCUAGAGGAGACUGGAAUAGCUAGCAAAGGAAUCACAGCCUACCGGUUGCCUAACAAUAUAGACUGCUAGGGUUAAGCAUCAGAUGUUUUCUUUUGUAAGGUAUUAAUAAUUAGUACCAUCCCCCACUAGGGUUGUCAUGAAGGUUAGUUGAUAUGUGACAGCUUGUGUUAAGUAAGGGCUUAAUAAGGGUAAGCACCUGACUAUUAAAAAAAAAAUCAAAGAAAAGUGGUACCUGGGAAAAAAUUGAGCUCUUCUAAUUCCCAAGGUGGGUGGAGCCUUACAUGCAGAGGAUAGUUCUAAGGGAGUGACUCUUAAAGAUAAGACUAUUAGCUAAAUGAUCAAAAACUCUCCUUUUGGAUCAGAUCCUCCGUUUAGUCUUACAAGUGUAAUGGUCUUUGUUUGGUAAUGAAUGGAAACUAACACCUCAUGAGGUUGUUGCAUAUAUGUCCCGGCUCUUUAAGUAAGGUGGAUUUGAAUCCCAAAGCCCUUGCUCUUUGUACACUGCCUCCACAAGGAAGACACCUGACUAGUAACUGAUAAUCUUUUCCCUUCAAUAUUUGUGAUGAUUCUUAAAGAGCAGAAAUGUAACUAGUAACCAAUCAUGAUUAAAGUCCUUUGUCCCUAGCAAUGUUCUUAAAGGUAAACUGAAAGAUUGAUGAGAUUUUUAUUUUUCUCUACUAUAUCAAUAACAUGACUUAAAUUUUAAAUUAUCAUCAGUUGGUGGCUCAAUAAAUUGGUACCACAAUAUUGGCAAAGCAA